AUGGCGCGGCCGCUCCGCUCCGGCCCCUUCACGCUGAGACCCCCGGGCGGCGGCGGGGGCAAGCCCGGGCCGCCGCCGCCGCCUCACUCACCGGACACCCCCCCCGCCCCGUGCCGGGCCGGCAGCAGCGCCUUGGCCUCGCAGCGCGCUGUCACUUCACGACGGCGGCAGCGGGGCGGGGCAAGGCCGCCCCCGGCCCCAUGGAGGGAGGGAGGGAGGAAGGACCCGCACUCCCGGUCGCGGUCCCGCCGCCUCUUCAGCCCCUCACGACUCCCGGCCCCGGUCCUGCCGCCGCCGCCGCCCCCCCAGCACCGGCGCGCGCACACAGACGUUCAGCCAAUGGUUGGGGGCCCCCCCCCGCACGCGCGCGCGCCCCCGCGGCAGCCAAUGGCCGGGGCCUCGCGCCCUCCCUCGCGCUCGCCCCGCGUCCUUCUCCGCUUGCCCCGCUUCACGCUGGCGCAGGCCACGCCCCUCCGGAUGACGUCAGCGCGCAGGCCCCGCACUGCCCCACCCCUGGGCACGCUGGGAAAUGUAGUCCCGAAGGGAGGCGUUGAGGGAGGGUCGGGGUUGUGUCGCUCCGCGUCCCCUCAGACACCGGAGCCGCCCCUCGCCCCCGCUCCGCUCUGCUCUGCUCUGGGGACGCGGGGCUCGCCCCACGAACGCUCGGCAGCGCUCACUCCGCAGGGAAGGACGAAGCCCCUCACCGUGAGUCCGACCCCCGCGGCCCUCCGCGGCUGGAGCCCUGAGGGUGAUGAAAGUGGAUUUGUGCCCAAAGAAUUGGUAUCAGUUUUAUGA